AAAAGUCAAAACAAUAACCUUACAUUUUCAUGAAAUUGUAGGUUUCACUUUUCUAUAUAGUAAUAAUAGUUAUUAAAAAUAUUUAAGUUAUGCUAACAUUUUUGUGAAUAGUCACUUAAAAUCAAUUUUGUUUAAAAUGUUAGGACGUAGUUUCAAUAUUUUUAGAAAAUAUGGUUCCUUGCAGAACAACAUUAUUAUUCGAAAUAUAGGCCUUGUUCCAAUAGUAGUAGAACAAACGGGAAGAGGUGAGCGUUCUUACGAUAUUUAUUCAAGGCUACUUAAAGAGAGAAUAAUAUGUCUCAUGGGACCUGUUCAUGAUGCAAUGAGUUCCUUAAUAGUUGCCCAAUUAUUGUUUUUACAAUCGGAGUCUUCCACAAAACCUAUUCAUUUAUACAUCAAUUCUCCUGGAGGUAGUGUCACUGCUGGAUUAGGAAUUUACGAUACUAUGCAAUACAUACUGCCCCCAAUUGCUACUUGGUGUGUUGGACAGGCAUGUAGCAUGGCUUCACUAUUGUUGGCUGCUGGUACUCCAGGCAUGCGACAUUCCCUACCAAAUGCUAGAAUUAUGAUUCAUCAACCUUCUGGAGGUGUACAAGGACAAGCGACUGAUAUUCAGAUUCAAGCAGAUGAAAUUAUAAAACUUAAAAAGCAAAUAAACCAUUUGUAUGUUAGACAUACUAAACAAGAAUUAGCAGUCAUAGAAAGAAGCAUGGAAAGAGACAAAUUUAUGAGUCCUGAAGAAGCUAAAAAAUUUGGAUUGAUAGAUAAAGUGCUAUCAAAACCAUUGAACGAUGAGACAGAUGCAACUGAAAACUCAACUUGAUUUGUUAACAAAUUGUUAUUCUAUAAUGAAUAAUAUAUUCUUAAUGUUUUGUUUAAUAAAAUUUUGUAAAUUGA